AUGUCGAUGGAUCUGGAUGCCCCCGUUCCCAUGGCGGCGAUGCAGCAGGACCAGGCCAUCUCUGCAACUAUUCUCUGCUGCAACUGUGGUGCUCCUAUCGAUGGAACUACCGCGGCCGGAGCGCUCUGCCAGGAUUGUGUUCGUCUUUCGGUCGAUGUCUCCCAAGGAGUGCAACGUGAAUCAACCCUGCAUUUUUGCAAGGACUGUGAGCGUUGGCUGCAGCCCCCGACCAGCUGGCUUGUCGCUGCCCCCGAAUCGAAAGAACUACUCGCCAUCUGUCUGCGCCGCCUCCGUGGUCUAUCAAAAGUCAGAAUUAUUGACGCCAGUUUCAUCUGGACUGAGCCUCACUCCCGUCGUGUGAAGGUCAAACUUACGAUUCAGCAAGAGGCUUUCCAGGGUACGAUCAUUCAGCAGAGCUUCGAGGUUGAGUACGUCGUCGCUACACAGCAAUGCCCGGAUUGUCAGAAGAGUUUCACCCACCACGCCUGGCGCGCAUCCAUCCAGCUUCGCCAGAAGGUCCCCCACAAGCGUACAUUCUUGUACCUCGAGCAGCUCAUUCUGAAGAACGGCGCACACAAGGAUACAGUCAAUAUCAAGGAGGCGAAGGACGGUUUGGAUUUCUACUAUGCUAAGCGUAAUGAAGCCGAACGAAUGGUCGAGUUCCUCUGCAGUGUUGCUCCCAUUACUUCCAAGAAGUCCCAGGAGCUCAUCUCGAUGGAUAUUCAUACAUCCGUCGCUCAAUAUAAACACACUUGGUCCUGUGAGAUCAUCCCCAUCUGCAAGGAUGACUUGGUUGCGCUUCCGAUCAAAUUAGCCCGUCAGCUGGGCAACAUCUCUCCCCUGACACUCUGCCACCGCGUCGGCAGUGCCGUCAACCUCAUCGACCCCCAAACCCUCCAAACCUGUGAAGUUCCUACUGGCGCUUACUGGCGCUCGCCUUUCAAGAACAUUUCGGAUGUCACCCACCUGACAGAAUUUGUCAUUAUGGAUAUUGAACCUGUUGGUCAAUCCAAUGGUCGAUUCUUCCUAGCCGAGGCCACUGUUGCCCGUGCCUCUGACCUGGGAUCUAAUGACAUUACCUACUUCACACGAACUCACCUUGGUGGUGUCCUUCACGUCGGAGACUCCGCUAUGGGUUACCAUUUGGCUGGUACCAUCUUCAACGAUGACAACUACGAGGCCAUCGAGAACAGCCACCAGUACGGCUCCACACUUCCUGAUGUGGUCUUGGUGAAGAAGCACUACGCUCGCAAGAAGAAGCCCAAGAACCGCGCCUGGCGCCUCAGACGUAUGGCUCGCGAGUACGAGGAGGAGGCUGCUGCUGCCUCCAGUGCUCCCGCCGCCCCUACCAAGCGCCAGGAACAGGAGGCCAACCGUAUGGAGGCCGAUUUCGAGAUGUUCUUGCGCGAUGUCGAGGAGGACCAGGAGUUGCAGCAUACCUUGGAUAUCUAUAAAGCUCGCAAGGCGGCUCAGAAUGCUGAUCAGAUGGAGGAAGAUAGCGGCAGUGAGGACGAGGUACCAAAGAUCAACAUGGACGAGCUGCUUGAUGACUUUGAUGAGCUUAAGAUGGGUGACGAAUGA